AUGAUAAAUGAAGUUUGUUUUAAGUGGUGCAAAUGGUACUCCCUGGACACCCGCUGGAAAGAAGGCCGCACUAGCAACGUGCACUGCGCGCGUGUGUGUGUGUGUUACCCUGGUAACCACAACAAACAAUGCCGUCAAUGGCGCGGGUGACACUUUGCUAUGGACCGUAUGCAUCCUGUGGAGUUGUACAACACAGGACCUUCCGUCUGCAGGGUCUCCAGGCCGCUCUGACAGCGCGCGGGCACCAGUGCACCUUGGAAGAGACGCGCGAGUGGAACAUGGUGGGGCUCGUGGUCAACGGGGAGCUAGUCUUCACCUGUGAUAUAAGGCAGCUAGAGUUUGGUGGAGAUGGAAAACUGGACCCUGUUUGCAAAGAAGCUGUUGCCGCUGUGGAGAAGGCUCACUGAAGAUAAGCCUGGCAUUUAAAAAAAUAAAAAUAAAAAUACAAAA